AUGGCGCGUGACCGGCCGCAACGGCUGCUGCCCGUGUGGUGGGCGGUGGCCGUGAGGGAUGGCCUGGCUGGAGGCCACGGGCAGGCGUCUUGUCCUUGGCUAGAGGCAGCAGCGGUAUUCACUUAUAAACAGAGCACAAUCACACACCAAAAAGUAACGCCUAUGCAUCAAACAAGCGCAGAGAGUGUGGAAGACAUGGCAGCACUCGUAGAUCUCCAUGAAGGCUCCAUUAUGUACAACUUAUUCCAGCGAUAUCAGCAAGAUAAAAUCUACACCUACAUUGGUUCAAUAGUUGCCUCUGUGAACCCUUACAAGAGCAUCCCGGGACUGUAUGACUGCACCACCGUGGAGCGAUACAGCAAGCACCACAUGGGAGAGAUUGCACCUCAUAUCUUCGCUGUGGCGAACGAGUGCUACCGCUGCCUUUGGAAGCGCCAUGACAACCAGUGUAUCCUCAUCAG